AUGGCCUACUCGUCGCGACCACCUUCCAUGCUGCCUGGGGCGCUUCGCCAGCCGCAGCCCUCCUCGGCUCUAGCUACCCGCAUUGCCGCCAAAAAAGCCGAACUGGAAAAUCUGCGCCAACUCCGUGAUCUGAGCGGGACCCUCGCCAUGCAAAUGCAGGCGCUCGAGAGCAAGAUUGCCACGUUGAAGGAUGGCACUGAAGCCGUUGCAUGCGUUCUUGCCAAUUGGGAUAAUGUUCUCCGCGCCAUCAGUCUCGCCUCCAAGAAAGCUGCUGGACUUGACCCGGAUCAAACCGAUGACCCGAACGAUUCUAGUUUGCCAGCCACCUUGGUUCGCAUCCCUGAUCAGGGUGAAUGA